CAGCAAUCUGCUACGGAUGCUGUUCUGCUGCAGUAAUGUGGUCUCUGAGGGAACCUGGGCUUGAUGCAUGCGACGCUGCCUAGGCUUCCUCCAGCCCGUCGCCUCGCUGCUGCUCUUAAAUGGAGGUUACAGCUGAUCCGUCAGCCACAGAGCCGCACGCAUGCCCAUCUUCUCAGCCUUCAGUGGUGGCAACUUACUAAUUUCUGCCUUCGACUUCAGGCCCGUUGGUUUCCUGUCUGAAAGCGUUAUUACUUUUGUCCAUGUGGCAAAAUAAUUAGCAUACAGAUGAGAAGGGAUCCUGCCUCUGAGCCUCAGUCGCAGGAGAAGAUGUGCAGUGGAAAGUUGAUUGGAUGAAUGGAGAACAAAUGGUGGGCGUUCAAAAGCAUUAGGAGAGUUUUGUUGUCGUGGAGCAGGUUUGUCAGUUUUCUGGGUGAAUCUCGUAAGAUGGAAGGCAGGGUGGCUGGUGCCGAGACGACUGCUUGACAGACUGUGGCCUACUUGAAGGUGCACGUUUGGACUGCAUGCAUAGAUAAUUCAUUUGGACUACUUUGUUUUGCAGUUCUACGGCUUUCCCUUUGCUGUUCCCUCAAGAAAAUGAGUCUGGAAGAAAAUUGGUGAAUCCAAUCCAGUGGACCUACAAGCACUCUGACAGGCUCAGAGAGCAGAGUCUGUACCAAAGAGCAAUUACCCCACCAAACGAUUUCAGAUGGAGGUGGAUGCAGACGAGAAGCGCCAUCGCACACGCUCCAAAGGUGUUCGAGUUCCCGUGGAACCAGCCAUACAAGAGCUGUUCAGCUGUCCCACGCCUGGCUGUGAUGGCAGUGGUCAUGUUAGUGGCAAAUAUGCAAGGCACAGAAGUGUUUAUGGCUGUCCUUUGGCAAAAAAAAGAAAAACACAAGAUAAGCAACCCCAAGAACCAGCCCCCAAAAGAAAACCCUUUGUGGUUAAAGCAGACAACUCUUCGGUAGACGAGUGCUAUGAAACUGAUGGAACAGAGGAGAUGGAUGAAAAGGAAGAGGAAGAAGAGGAAGAGGAUGAGGAAGAGGAGGAAUAUUCUGAUGAUAAUGAGGAGCAAGGUGAUGAGGAGGAGGAUGAUGAGGAAAUAGAUCGAGAAGAAGAGGAGAUUGAAGAGGAAGAAGAGGAGGAUGAAGAGGAAGGUGAAGAUGUGGAGGAUGAAGAGGAGGAGGAGGAAGAGGAGGAGGAGGAAGAGGAGGAGGAGGAAGAACGUGAAGACCAUCAAAUGAAUUGUCACAAUACUCGAAUAAUGCAAGACACAGAAAAAGACGAUAACAAUAAUGAUGAGUAUGAUAAUUACGAUGAACUGGUGGCCAAGUCAUUGUUAAAUCUUGGCAAAAUUGCAGAGGAUGCAGCAUACAGAGCCAGGACAGAAUCAGAAAUGAACAGCAAUACAUCUAAUAGUCUGGAAGAUGAUAGUGACAAAAAUGAAAAUAUUGGUCGGAAAAGUGAGCUGAGUUUAGAUUUAGACAGUGAUGUUGUUAGGGAAACAGUGGACUCCCUUAAAUUAUUAGCACAAGGACAUGGUGUAGUGCUUUCAGAAAACAUUAAUGACAGAAAUUAUGCAGACAAUACUUCACAGCAAGAUAAUAGGAAUAUGAACUUUGUAAUGCUAGGGAAGCCCGUGAACAAUGGACUUACAGAAAAAAUGGUGGAGGAGAGUGAUGAAGAGGUGUGUCUCAGCAGUUUGGAGUGCUUAAGGAACCAGUGUUUUGAUCUGGCUAGGAAACUCAGUGAGACAAACCCACAGGAAAGAAAUCAACAGCAAAACAUGAACACUCGUCAGCAUGUCAGGCAAGAAGAUGACUUCCAAGGAAGAACACCAGACCGGAAUUACUCUGAUAUGAUGAACCUAAUGAGACUUGAAGAACAGUUGAGCCCCAGAUCUAGGACUUUUUCUAGCUGUGCAAAGGAGGAUGGUUGUCACGAAAGAGACGAUGAUACCACCUCUAUUACUUCAGAUAGGUCUGAAGAAGUGUUUGAUAUGACAAAAGGUAACUUAACCCUGCUUGAGAAAGCAAUUGCUUUGGAAACUGAGAGAGCAAAAGCCAUGAGAGAAAAAAUGGCAGUGGAAGCUGGAAGGAGGGAUAAUAUGAGAUCAUUUGAGGAACAGUCUCCAAGACACCUUUCUGGAGAUGACAGGAAGCCUAAACCCAGUGACGGCCAUGUCAAAAAGCCAUAUUAUGGUAAAGAUCCCUCAAGAACAGAAAAGAAAGAGAGCAAAUGUCCUACCCCUGGGUGUGAUGGAACUGGCCAUGUAACGGGGCUUUACCCCCAUCACCGCAGUUUGUCAGGAUGCCCACACAAAGAUAGGGUCCCUCCAGAAAUUCUUGCCAUGCAUGAAAAUGUUCUUAAGUGUCCUACACCAGGCUGCACAGGCCGGGGCCACGUAAAUAGCAACAGGAAUUCCCACCGAAGCCUCUCUGGAUGUCCUAUUGCUGCAGCAGAGAAACUGGCUAAAGCUCAAGAGAAGCAUCAGAACUGUGAUGUGUCAAAAUCAAACCAGGCAUCAGAUCGGGUUUUAAGGCCCAUGUGCUUUGUUAAGCAAUUGGAGAUCCCUCAGUAUGGCUACAGAAACAAUGUCCCCACCACCACACCCCGCUCCAACUUGGCCAAGGAACUAGAGAAAUACUCUAAGACUACGUUUGAAUAUAACAGUUAUGACAACCAUGCCUAUGGCAAGAGAGCCAUAGCUCCCAAGGUGCAAUCCAGGGAUAUAUCCCCCAAAGGAUAUGAUGCUAAACGCUACUGUAAGAAUUCAAGUCCAACCAGCAGCACAACAAGCAGUUAUGCCCCUAGCAGCAGCAGCAAUAUGAGUUGUGGUGGAGGCAGCAGUGCCAGCAGUACCUGCAGCAAGAGCAGCUUUGACUAUACUCAUGACAUGGAGGCAGCGCACAUGGCUGCUACUGCUAUUCUGAAUCUCUCCACUCGCUGCAGGGAGAUGCCUCAGAACCUCUCCACUAAGCCUCAGGAUCUCUGUGCGAGGAAUCCUGAUAUGGAAGUCGAUGAAAAUGGGACGUUGGAUCUGAGCAUGAAUAAGCAGAGGCAGCGAGAUGGUUGCUGUACCAUUUUGACACCACUGGAGCCAAUGUCCCCGCAACGGCAAGCCGUGAUGAAUAACCGGUGUUACCAGCUGAACGAGGGUGACUGCUGGGACUUGCCAGUGGACUACACUAAAAUGAAGCCCAGUAGGAUAGAUGAAGAUGAUUCCAAAGAGAUUAAUCCAGAAGAUUUGGAUCCUUUCCAAGAGGCGCUCGAAGAAAGAAGGUAUCCUGGUGAAGUUACAAUCCCAAGCCCUAAACCCAAAUACCCUCAAUGCAAAGAGAGCAAAAAGGAUUUAAUAACAUGUCCAACACCAGGGUGUGAUGGGAGUGGUCAUGUGACUGGUAAUUACGCCUCACAUAGAAGUUUAUCUGGCUGUCCCUUGGCUGACAAAAGCAUUCGAAGUAUGCUGGCCACAAGCUCACAAGAACUCAAGUGUCCCACCCCUGGGUGUGAUGGCUCUGGGCAUAUUACUGGAAAUUAUGCUUCACAUCGAAGUCUUUCAGGCUGUCCGCGAGCAAAGAAAAGUGGAAUCAGGAUAGCACAAAGCAAGGAAGACAAAGAAGACCAAGAGCCAAUUAGAUGUCCAGUUCCUGGUUGUGAUGGUCAGGGUCAUAUAACUGGAAAAUACGCAUCCCAUCGCAGUGCAUCAGGGUGUCCUCUAGCUGCCAAAAGGCAAAAGGAUGGGUACCUAAAUGGCUCACAGUUCUCUUGGAAGUCAGUGAAAACGGAAGGAAUGUCAUGUCCAACCCCAGGAUGUGAUGGCUCAGGACAUGUCAGUGGUAGUUUUCUUACUCAUCGUAGUUUAUCAGGAUGCCCCAGAGCUACUUCAGCAAUGAAGAAAGCAAAGCUGUCUGGAGAACAAAUGCUAACAAUAAAGCAGCGGGCCAGUAAUGGUAUAGAAAAUGAUGAAGAAAUUAAACAGUUAGAUGAAGAAAUCAAAGAACUAAAUGAAUCCAACUCCCAGAUGGAAGCUGAUAUGAUUAAACUCAGAACUCAGGUAACAAUUACUACAAUGGAGAGCAACCUGAAGACGAUAGAAGAGGAGAACAAAGUAAUUGAACAGCAAAAUGAGUCUCUUCUUCAUGAAUUGGCCAAUUUAAGCCAGUCUUUAAUUCAUAGUCUAGCUAAUAUCCAGCUGCCACAUAUGGAACCAAUCAAUGAACAAAAUUUUGAUGCUUACGUGACCACUUUGACGGACAUGUAUACAAAUCAAGAUCGUUAUCAGAGUCCAGAAAAUAAAGCCCUACUGGAAAAUAUAAAGCAGGCUGUGAGAGGAAUUCAGGUCUGAACAGCUGCUAUAGUGGUGAAAGUCUUGCUUAAAAAAAGGAUGCCUCUUGUUUUUUGCUGCUGUAAUUUACCAGAAAGUGUUAUAUAUUUAUUUCUGUUUGGAACAGUGUUAUGCUUACAAGACUUCAUAAUGAUUUUAUGUCUUGCUUUAAAGAUAGUAACUGCAGAAUAGUUUUUUGAAUACAUUCACAUUUUGUACGUUUUCAUAUAAGCUGACAUAGUGUGAUAUGCCAUGUAAUGUUUAUAGCUGCUAAUGUAUGCACAUUUUUGGGGUAUAUAUAUUUCUGAAGAGGUAAGCUGAUCAAAAUAAAUAGAGUGUAAAUUCUUUUUAAUGCUUUAGUGAUUAAAUGUUUUAGUAUUUUGAACUGAAAUGGACAAAAAAAAAAAACAGCUUUGAAUGACAAUGUUGCGGUCUGCAGCCACUUUUUAAACACUAUCAUUUUGCCUCAUGUUGGAGGAUUUUAUGGGAUUUAAGAAAUACAUUUUGUGUGCAUAUUGUUUCAUAGCAAGAAUUGGUUGCAAAAAUGCUUUAUUUUUGAACAAUGCUUGAAAAUAUUAUGUGACUUUUGGUUUUGGAGGAUGGUGUGUGGUGGGGGCAAUAAAAUGAGGUUUUUUGAAUUCCAAGAAAAUGGCAUGGAUUAGAUGUAAGAUAC